AUGACGCCAAAGAUACUGCAAAUCUCGGAAUCGGACAACGAAGGCGACAUCAAGGCCUACACGAGGUUGUGGGUGGACCAGAUCGGGGCAAAGUUUCCACCCUUCACGGAUGACAUGAAAGAUUAUCUCCGCCACCUUACCGUGGCCAACGCAAGAGGACUCAAAGAAGCGUUGGUGUGUGCCAAGCGCCGACUUACUUGGAAGGAGAUACAGGUUGCGCUCUCGAUCGAUGUGGAUCGUCAAAUUAUCGACUACGAAUAUCAGCACCUGCGCGAUCAUAUCUAUGUUACAUGCGGCUCACUAGUCGUCGUUACUGGCGAUCGGGUCUCUCUCGUUCAUAGCACGGCCAAGACGUACAUCACUAGUGUCACGAACGAUAUUCACGAACCAUCCAUCGAAUGCGAGUUGGCGACGUUAUGUCUACAAUACCUCACCUUUCCCUGUUUCGACGUCGACGAACCGGAUGAUCAAGCGCAACGCCGACGAUAUGUAUUGGACGGAUCGAUUGCUUUCCAAGAUUAUGCCAUCGCGAAAUGGUUCCACCAUGUCAACGCCUGGGUAGGUCAAGGCGAGCGAUUUCUAAACGAGGCAAAUGACGUGUCUGGACAAUUGCAUCGCAUCUUCAAGGCCAUGGACGACUUCAUGACGCGUUACGGCGACGUGAACUGGUCAGAUAACCUGGUGGACGACUGCAAGACCAAAUGCAGGACUUUUGAGCAUAUCGACCUUUACGAUCAUCUAGUGGAGCUUACUAGUCACAUUUACACUUUCCAACAGAAGGGCUUCGAUGCACAACACAAGAUCAGCAUCGAAGACCUCUCGAAAGCCUUGGACCGGAAUCGCAAGGCUCUUGAGGUAUUUCCCAAGGCCAAGCCUGGCCCAACUGCACACGAGAAAGACGCGUAUGACAAAUUUUUCGUCGUGGAAAGGCGGUUCAAAUGCACGCGAAUUACAUGCAGGUACUUCUCUGAGGGUUUCAAGGAUGAGAAGGCACGCAACCGACACGUCAACAUCCACACAAGGCCGUUCCAGUGCGAAGUUCCAGACUGCCUCGGAGUUGAAGGAUUCUCCAACGCGAAGGAUUUGGAGAGACACACACGAGCGUUCCAUCUCGAGAUGACUGACUUGGCCGAGAGGUUCAUUACUGCUACAGCAAAGCCUGAGGCAUCGACCCAUGCCUGUACAAUGUGCGGGAAGACGUUUUCGCGCAACUUUCAUCGCAAGAACCAUGAGCUCAGCCAUCGAGGGGAAAGGCCGCACGAGUGCCCGGAAUGCGGCAAGGCUUUUACGAGGCUGAACGAUCUCAAGCGUCACCAGAAGAUACACGAUAGGAAGUAA